CUCGGCGAGCAGCCGGGGCGCACGGACCGACCGGCUAACCGACUCCCUGCGGGGCCGCGCUGCCGAGGGGGCGCGGACACCGGGUGUCCAGGGUCAACCCAGCCCUUUCCAUCCCGUCGUGCCCCGCCCCGUCCCGUCGGGGCCGAUGGCUCCUUCCGAGGCACGGAGUCCGGGGGGCGCAGGGUAGAACUCCGCAGCCCCGCUACGUAGUCCGGGACUCCCCGGGUCCUUACGGAGCCCCGCGGAGUCCCCGCCGUCUGUCCGGCGGGAUAAGGGAGCGAGUGGGAGCGCCCUCCCCCCCUCCCGCUGCCCCCUCCCCCGAUCGUCGAGACAAGAUGCUGCCCGGGCUCCGGCGCCUGCUGCAAGGUCCUGCCUCAGCCUGCCUACUGCUGACACUCCUGGCCCUCCCUCCCGUGACCCCCAGCUGUCCUAUGCUCUGCACCUGCUACUCCUCCCCACCCACCGUGAGCUGCCAGGCCAACAACUUCUCCUCGGUGCCGCUGUCCUUGCCACCCAGUACACAGCGACUCUUUUUGCAGAACAACCUCAUCCGCUCGCUGCGGCCAGGCACCUUUGGGCCCAACCUGCUCACCCUGUGGCUCUUCUCCAACAACCUCUCCACCAUCCACCCCGGCACCUUCCGCCAUCUGCAGGCCCUAGAAGAACUGGACCUCGGUGACAAUCGGCACCUGCGCUCCCUGGAGCCUGAUACCUUCCAGGGCCUGGAGAGGCUGCAGUCACUACAUCUGUACCGUUGCCAGCUCAGCAGCCUCCCUGGCAACAUUUUCCGAGGCCUGGUCAGCCUCCAGUACCUCUACCUCCAGGAGAACAGCCUGCUCCAUCUACAGGAUGACUUGUUCGCGGACCUGGCCAACCUGAGUCACCUCUUCCUCCACGGGAACCGCCUGCGGCUGCUCACGGAGCACGUGUUCCGCGGCUUGGGCAGCCUGGACCGGCUGCUGCUGCACGGGAACCGGCUGCAGGGCGUGCACCGCGCGGCUUUCCACGGCCUCAGCCGCCUCACCAUCCUCUAUCUGUUCAACAACAGCCUGGCCUCGCUGCCGGGAGAGGCGCUGGCCGACCUGCCGGCGCUCGAGUUCCUGCGCCUCAACGCCAACCCCUGGGCGUGCGACUGCCGCGCUCGGCCGCUCUGGGCUUGGUUCCAGCGCGCGCGGGUGUCCAGCUCCGACGUGACCUGCGCCACCCCGCCCGAGCGCCAGGGCCGGGACCUGCGCGCGCUGCGCGACUCCGAUUUCCAAGCGUGCCCGCCGCCCACGCCCACGCGGCCGGGCAGCCGCGCCCGCGGCAACAGCUCUUCCAACCACCUGUACGGCGUGGCCGAGGCGGGCGCUCCCCCCGCAGACCCGUCCACGCUCUACCGAGACCUGCCUGCCGAGGACUCGCGGGGGCGCCAGGGCGGGGACGCGCCCACCGAGGACGACUACUGGGGGGGCUACGGCGGCGAGGACCAGCGGGGUGAGCAGACGUGUCCCGGGGCCGCGUGCCAGGCGCCCGCAGACUCGCGUGGCCCUGCGCUCUCGGCCGGGCUGCGCACCCUUCUGCUCUGCCUCUUGUUCCUGGCGCCCCAUCACCUCUGACUGCGGUGCUCGGACGGAAAAGGCCACGCCUUCGACCCGCUUCCCUUCUCUGCCCCACGGAGCCUCAGCUCCAUCAUCGCCUCUUGUUUGCGAUCCGGCCUGGUACCUUUCCUAGGCCUCCUCGCUCUUUUUCUUCCCCGGACCAGGCUGCCACAUUUGCCUUCUGGGCUGUUGUGACUUAUGUAUGGCAGCCCCUAAGAUGGUGUAUAAGGUGGUUUGGCUCCAUUCGCCCUGAUUCUAGCCAUUAACUCUUCUCCCCCCAUCCCAAGGCUGGGACGUGGCACCCCGGGCAGCCAUUAUGCCUCUCUCCAGGGCCCCACAGUGGACUCGAAGGGGCUUUUGUCUGCAGAGCACCUUCCACCAGCAGAGCCUUUGAAAGCUCCCCCUGGGAGCCUCCCCUUCCUCCCCCAUCUUCGGAGGGAUGUCUGAGCAAGGCCCAGGCUGCCCCUGGACCCUGCUUGUCCUGAUCCCUUCAGCCUCCUGACACCGGAGGAAUACUUUUCUCCUAAGUCUACCCAGGACACUUUUUAGGGUGCCUGGAGAGAGUUUCCUCUCUACCAUGGCCCCUGUGUGGUGAAGAUCAAAAGAAAUUG